AGGAACUACUUUCAGAUGUUUUGAUGAGGGUGUCCCAAAACCACAAAUUCUAAGUUUAUUUACUAGUUUAUUUAUCAGUAACUCCAAGCUGAUUAAGAAUGAAUGAUGCCAUUUCUUUUGUGAAUUGUAACAAUUCUGUGAUCAUUGGGUGAUCACCGUCUGUGAGGUAUUUUUGAAACUUUUGAUACAAUGGAGGCAGCUACUUGUGUGAUAUUGUAAAAUUGUCAGACCAUGGACGGUGUCGGAGUACUGACUGAAGCAGUCUCUUCAGGAGCUGCUGCUUCUGCUUCUCAGAGUCUACCGCAUUCGAAAACAAGAGAGGCCAAAUGUCCGAAGACUUGCGAUGAUGUUUUACGAAAUAGCAAGACUGCGGAGUCCAAUUGUCGAUGCCCCGAAUCCGAAUCAUCGGGAUGCGUUGACUCGUGUGUUGCAAAAGAAUUAGCGGAUGCUUUGGAGGUUAAGGUUAACCUGGACAGUGAACAUUGUAUGAAUGGGUUGACGAAUGGGAUCAGCCAAGAAAACAAAACAAUGAAAUGCAUUAGUAACCACAGCGAUGCUAAAUCGUACAGUGAAAGCCCUAGUCCUUGUGAGUGCACCAGUGCUUCUUCGGAGCACAAUGGUACAUCUAGUGAAGAGCUUGAGGCGAUUGCAAGUAGCAAAUCUGCUGUUGGGAUCCUCAAAGAAACAGAUGCAAUAGUGUAUGUGUCUUAUGAAUCAGAGCUGCAAAUGCCAGACAUCAUGCGUAUUAUGAACAAGGAUUUGUCAGAGCCAUAUUCAAUAUACACUUACCGAUACUUUAUUUACAACUGGCCCAAGCUCUGCUUUUUGGCUAUGAUUGGAACAGAAUGUGUAGGAGCCAUUGUUUGUAAGCUCGAUCUAAAUCGCAAAUCUGCCAAAAGAGGCUACAUUGCUAUGCUAGCUGUAGAUGGCAACCAUCGAAAUAAGGGAAUUGGAUCCAAUUUGGUUCUCAAAGCGAUUGGUGCGAUGGUGGCUCUUAACGCUGAUGAGGUUGUACUAGAGUCUGAAAUAACUAACUCUCCAGCUCUACGCUUGUAUGAAAAUCUUGGCUUUGUGCGGGACAAGCGUCUAUUCAGGUAUUACCUAAAUGGGGUUGAUGCUUUUCGUCUGAAACUCUGGUUGAAAUGAAAGUUAGUGUUGCUUAUGUGAAUUAUUAUUAAUGACCUUUGUUGAAAAAAAGAUUAUGUGAUUUGUCUAAUCAAUUUUAUCUAUUAUUUGUUCUCUCCCAUGAAUAUCUGAAACCAAAGAUGAACUUUUAACGUGCAACUAAAAAUUAAAACUUCUUUGGACCAGUUUAGAAUUUGCUUUCUGUGUGUUCUUAUCUGACCUCAAAUUCUUGGCUAUCAUGUGGUGUUGACAGUGUUGAAAUAUCUAUUGUCUGUUAAGUAUAAGCAUGAGUUUAGUAAAAUAAGAAUGAAGUGAAAUCUUGCUGACAGAUUUUCAAGAGCAUUUAUUAAUUCUUUUUCUUAUCCAUUCAUCUGCAUUUUAAUGUAGGGGAUGAAAAAGGGGAAAUAAAUUAUGAUUGUCCUCA